GUACAGUGAGGAGAAGGGCUGGGAGUUGCUGUGGCUGUGUACAGGGCUGUUCCCUCCUAGCAACAUGCUGCUGCCUCAUGUCCAGCGUUUCCUUCAGUCCAGGAAACACCACCCUCUGGCUCAGGACUGUAUGACACGACUACAGAAGGCCCUACGGAAUGGCUCGAGGAAGUACCCUCCCCACCUAGUGGAGGUAGAGGCCAUCCAACAUAAGACCACCCAGAUCUUCCACAAGGUCUAUUUCCCUGACGAUACUGAUGAGGCAUUUGAGGUGGAGUCCAGCACCAAAGCUAAAGACUUCUGUCUGGCGAUCUCUGCUCGCCUGCUGCUCAAAUCACCCGAAGGAUUCAGCCUGUUCGUAAAGAUCUCCGACAAUGUACCAGAGGGAGAUUUCUUCUUUGACUUUGUCAGACACCUCACAGACUGGAUCAAGAAGGCCCGGCCCUCUAAAGAUGGUAUCGUACCGUCUCUGACCUACCAGGUGUUCUUCAUGAAGAAGCUGUGGACCAACACUGUUCCUGGUAAAGACUCCUUCGCUGACUCCAUCUUCCACUACUACCAGGAACUGCCUAAGUAUCUCCGUGGUUACCAUAAGUGUAGUCGUGACGAGGUGUUCCAGCUGGGAGCGUUGAUCUACAGGGUGAAGUACGAAGACGACAAGUCACACUUCCCCUCAAUACCCAAGAUCCUCCGGGAGCUGGUGCCGCAGGACCUGAUUCGCCAGCUCUCCCCAGAUGACUGGAAACGGUCUGUAGUAGCGUAUUUCAAUAAGCAGGCUGGUAAGUCCAGGGAGGAGGCCAAACUCCACUUCCUGAAGAUCAUCUUCAAAUGGGCCACGUUCGGAUCCGCCUUCUUCGAAGUCAAGCAAACCACAGAGCCCAACUUCCCAGAGAUCCUCCUGAUUGCCAUCAACAAGCAUGGAGUCAGCCUCAUAGACCCAAAGACCAAGGACAUCCUGACCACCCACCCAUUCACUAAGAUCUCCAACUGGAGCAGCGGUAACACCUACUUCCACAUCACCAUCGGCAACCUGGUCAGGGGCAGCAAGCUGCUGUGUGAGACCUCACUGGGCUAUAAGAUGGAUGACCUCCUCACUUCCUACAUCAGCCAGAUGUUGACCACCAUGAGUAAACAGAGAACUGGGCGGGGCCACAGCAAGUGAACUUCCUAUGGCAGAAGCUGCAGAGCUUAUUAGAAUACUGCGACCUGUUGGCCAGCCCUGCAGCUGGGGGAGGAGCUUUCUCAACCAGGUGUGGAGAAUGAGCCGCAGCCCAUCCUCUAGCACUGCCUCCAGCUAUGCCCAUAGCAACGACCUUAGCAACGCCUCUAGCAACAACCCUAGCAACGAUCCUGAUGACGAGCCUUCCAGUGAGGAUGACUACCUCUAAGCCCCGCCCCUUUAUCUUCCAGAGACACUACAACACACACACACACACACACACACACACACACACACACACACACACACACACAUACAAAAACCGUUAAAUUAGUGUUUUUGGAACAUUUCAUUCAAACUGAAGAGUUGGUAGUCUGUUAACAAGGAGACGCUUGUUAUUAACCAAUCAUUGGAUGGACAGACUGAAUGGAGAGCCAUGUGAUUGGGUACUUUAGCUAGACAAUUAAGUAGUUACUGAAAAGAAGAAUUAAGUUAACUUACUGAGUAAAAUAACCAUAAAAAGCUUUAAUACACUGUCAUAAACAGACCUGGAAGAAAAGAGGUUUGCAUGCUCUUACUGUAGCUGAAUAGAUUUUCACUGAACUGUCAAAACAUAGGUAUAUUUUUAGUUUUUUUAAAAGCCUUAACUGUUGUUUUUUAUUUAAUGUGGCUUUUAAGCCAGUUGCCUCUGUUUCUGAAGCAGCAUGGUAGUCUAUGUGACAGCCGCUGCAGUUCUGGUCAGUCUGUUGUUUUUUAUAUUAUUCUUGUGUUUGUUUUGUGUUUCUUAUCACCAGAGUUAAAGCUAACUUAUACAGAGCCUACGCAAGUAUGCAACGCAAGCUUUGCAAAUUGACAGUUCUGCGUACUUGAGUAGCAGAAAUAUGCAAACGGGCAGCCUCGGGAGUUGUAACUCAACACAACAACGCAAGAUGUUAUUGUGUUGCCUACUUGCGUAUGGUAUAAUUAGGCUUUAGCUCAGAGGUUUGUCUGUCUGCUGUAAUCCUCGGGUGGACUGCCUGCCCUGGAGUUUUAACAUGGAGCAUAAGUGUUUGACCAGAAAGGAUCAUUAUCUGUAGUUUUUUUGCAGAUCUAUGUACUGUAGCUCUAUGAGACGUGUUUAACUCAACAAUGGCCUUUGUCAUACUCACUAGAACUAGGGUUGCAAAGUUCCCUACAAUCUUUAGUUGAACCAGGUCUAGAUCUGACUCAGCUGGAAAACACCUGAUCCAUCGUAGAUUCUGAGUUCUGUAUGAAGAGUUCUAUACCCGACAUCCCAAUGAUACCCUUUAUAGUGCCCAGGUUAAAAGUAGCACACUAUAUAGGGAGUCAUUUAGGACGCAAACUACAGUGGCUUGCAAAAGUAUU